UAUGUUGCAGGCAGGGACUGUGUGUCCGGAGCUCCUCAUUCCCCGGUGCAGAGGCUGCUGGCUGGCUCCUGUAUGCCUUGCUCUCCCUGCACACAGUGAGCGGGGCCAGGCUCGCCGACACUGACAUACCGGGGUCCGGGUGGAGGGAAGUCACAGACACCCACCGAGGAGAGCACCCACCGCACCGCUGCCAUGCUCUGCUAUGUGACGAGGCCGGAUGCGGUGGUCAUGGAGGUUGAGGUUGAUACCAAGGCAAACGGGGAGGACUGUCUGAACCAGGUAUGCAAAAGAUUAGGGAUUAUAGAAGUGGAUUACUUUGGGCUCCAGUUCAUUGGAAAUAAGGGAGAAAAUUUAUGGUUGAAUCUUCGAAAUCGAAUAUCACAGCAAAUGGAUGGGCUGGCCCCUUACAGAAUGAAGCUGCGGGUCAAGUUCUUUGUGGAACCCCAUCUUAUCCUUCAGGAGCAGACCAGACACAUGUUUUUCUUGCACAUAAAGGAGGAUCUCCUGGCUGGCCAAAUGCAGUGCUCCACAGAGCAGACAGUGGAACUGAGUGCCCUGUUGGCCCAGUUGGAAUGUGGAGAUUAUAAUCCCAACACCGCCAGCUACAACUACCAGUGCCUUUGCACAAAGGAAUUUGGAGCAGCUACAUUAGAAAGUAUUAUUGAAAAACAUAAAAGUUUGGAAGGAUUGUGUCAAGCUUCGGGUGAAUAUAGAGUCCUGCAAAUUGUGUCUACACUGGAAAACUAUGGCGUUGAGUGGCAUUCUGUGCGAGAUGCUGAAGGGCAGAAACUUGUAGUUGGCAUAGGACCAGAAGGAGUAUCAAUCUGCAAGGAGGAUUUUAGUCCUAUUAAUAGGAUUACCUAUCCUGUUAUUCAGAUGGCAACCCAAUCGGGAAAGAAUGUAUAUCUGACGAUCACCAAGGAGUCGGGCAAUAGUUUAGUCCUUCUGUUCAAAGUAAUCAGCACCAGAGCUGCCAGCGGACUUUAUAGAGCAAUUACAGAAACUCAUGCAUUUUACAGGUGUGACACCGUUACCAAUGCAGUUAUGAUGCAAUACAGCAGAGACUUGAAAGGCCAUUUAGCGUCUUUAUUCCUAAACGAUAACAUCAAUGUUGGUAAGAAAUAUGUGUUUGACAUCAAAAGGACAUCCAAGGAAGUUUAUGACCAUGCAAGGAGGGCCCUGUACAAUGCCGGCAUUGUUGAUAUGGUUCCUAGAAGUGACCACAGUGAGCCAAGUUCCCCUCUCAAAAACUCUGAAAGUACUUUGAACUGCAACAGCUGUGAGAACCUCAGCUGCCAGCAAACCAAGGCUCUGCAGGAAAAGCUGCGAAAGCUGAAAGAGGCCAUGCUCUGCAUGCUUUGUUGUGAAGAAGAAAUCAAUUCUGCCUUCUGCCCCUGUGGGCACAUGGUGUGCUGUGAAAGAUGUGCCUCCCAGUUGCAGUCGUGUCCUGUAUGCAGAGCUUCAGUGGAGCAUGUACAGCAUGUAUACCUUCCAACACACACAAGUCUUCUGAAUCUUACUGUAAUUUAAGCAAAUUGACAAGCUUGCUGUGACACUUAACCGACAAAAGAACUCCAUUUAUGUACAGCGCCAUCAACCACUCCAGAAGUGGCCAGUGGCUCAUCAGCUGACGUUAGAGGAGACCUCCUGUCGCAUUUGGCCAAGAUGAUGAAUGUUGAACUUAAACUGCUAAAGAGCCAUUGAAAGGCCAUGCCUCAAUUAACAAGUGCUACAACCAUUGAUUGUUGCUACAACUAAAGAUUUUUGGCGAAGACCUGGAGCAUGUGUCCACAAGGAGACUGAUUGUAAUCUGACUGUAUUCUCCAUUGCUUUGUCCAGUGUGUUUUACUUUUAAUAGAAAAGCUUGCAGGCAAUAUUGUUCAGUUGUACUUUCAAGCAUCAGGCCUGUUCUAGUAUUCUUUUAAAUCUAAAUGUGACAUAACAGUUGCACACAUACAAUAAUGUGGAGUAUAGAGCAUUGUGUUGCAAUGUGUAGAACUAUACUGGUCUUGGUUUUGAUUGUUAUAUUUUCCCCCUUGUAUUAUUGGAUUUUAAUUUUGUACAAUAAGUUUGUGAUUUAUGAUUUUUUUUUUUUUUUUUUUUUUUUAGAAAGGAAAGAGAAAGGAAAGAAAACCAUUAGAAGCCAAAAAAUGAGAACUUUUAGACAUGGGGAAUAAUAGUGAAAGCACAGCCUAAACAAAUAAUGCCACUUCCGAAAGUAAUACGGAACGUUAACAUUUGGGAGUUCGGUGUUUUUGUGUUUUGUUUUUCUUCGUUUUUAGAAUUUUAAGUCACCUUUUUAGCCAUCUUAUUAUUUAACACUUGUUUCUGUCAUUACAAAAA